UCGUUUUUUGGGAGUAUGGGGUGUGGGUUAUGGAGUGUGGGUUAUGGAGUGUGUGGUGCGUGUGCUCGGAGCGUGGCACCCAUUAAGAUCAUUCGAUGGAGAUGGAGACGAAGGUGGAGGUGGUGGGGCCGGGCCAGAGAGCAGUGCUUUGACUAUAAAAGUUGCGAUCGCGACACUUGGAGACAUAGUUCAGUGCAGGAGCCGCAGCAGCCACCAAGUCAGCCAAUUCACCAAAUCCCAAACCAAGUCCAAGCCAAAAUGUUCGCUCUCGUCUCUCUUUUCAUCCUGGGUGUUGGAGCAGCCGCUGCCAUCGAGCUGCCGAUCAGCCCGCUUUACCACUCACCCGCCCUUGUGAAGCCCCUGCUGAAGACCAUCGAGGUGGAGGCACCUGCCCACUACGACUUCGCCUACUCGGUGCACGACGAGCACACCGGCGACAUCAAGAGCCAGACGGAGUCCCGGAAGGGCGACCAGGUCCAGGGCCAGUACACGCUGGUCGAUGCCGAUGGGUAUCUGCGCACCGUGGACUACACCUCGGAUGCCCACAACGGAUUCAAUGCCGUCGUUCGUCGCGAUCCGCUGGGCCACAAGGUGGUCAAGGCCGCGCCCAUUGCCAAGAUCCUGGCCCCCGCCCCCCUGCCGCUGGCCUAUGCGGCACCCAAGCUCCUCGCCCCCGUCAAACUUCCCCUGGGUGUUUACCACUAAGCUCUGGGCAGAAGAACUGAUCGAGAGAGAUAGCAAACACUGACUUCAUCGCAUCGACGACGACGACCCAUACGCAUCCGCAUCUGUAUCUGUAUCUGUAUCUGAACUGUUGCUUAACUACCCAGACACCUCGUAUUGUAUCUACCUUUCUCUGAACCUAUCUUAUUUUCCUACUCUACGAUAUCUCUAUUUAGUCUUUUCGGCAUUGUGUCAUCGAAUGUGCCAUAAAUCGAUGGCCGAGGGCCUCUAUCUCAUCUAUGUAAAUACUUUGUGCAUAUAGAAGGCAAUAAAUGCAUUUUUAGAAAACAUA